AUACAUGCUUCUUGAGACGUGACGCGCUCACGUACGCGUGCUCUCGCGUGGCUACUUUCCUGUAAAAUACGAUUCCUCUACAAGAUUAUCACCAGUCGAGACAGUUUUGAAAAUGGAGUUUAAGAGAGAACUAAUAUCAAUCGUUUUGCUCGGGGUCGCAGCUUCUUUUUGCGUAAAAAGUGCCAGUUCGUAUAACAUACCAGAGCCAACAAUCGAAGCGCUAUCGCCACGUGGUUUUCGAGUCUCCAUCCCAGAUGAGCCGGGGAUCCAAUUAUUCGGAUUUCAUAGUAACUUGAACAAAAGGAUCCAAGAGAAUGAAACUGGAUCUAUUUCCGGCAUCGUCUACAGAGUGAAAAAUGGCGAAUGGACUUUGCGAGAUUCGGGAACUAACAUUCAAGACGAUGACGUGUUGCAUUACUGGAUUUACGUGCAGGCAAACGGAAAACCUUAUGUCAAGGCGAACCUGUCCUGGUCAAAAAAUCGUGCAACUGGCUCUACGGAUAGGAAUUGCAUCCCAGGAACGACGACAGUAAAAAAUGAUAAGAUAUCCUGUAAACGGGAAUUAAUCUUUGAGGAAAAUUUCAAUUCUUUAAACGAAUCCAUUUGGAGGAGAGAAGUCAAGAUCCCCCGAGACCCUGACUAUGAAUUUUGCGUGUACCACAUCCACGAGGAAACCGUAGCGAUCCGGAAUGGGAUCUUUCAGAUUAUUCCGAGUAUUUUGGAAGACUCUUAUGGAGAAGGAUCCACUUCGAUCGGCAGCGUGCAACUUUCCGGAUGCACCAGUAAUAUUCCGGAUGAAUGUUCGCGAAAAGCAACGUCAUAUAACAUUUUGCCACCAGUUAUCUCUGCGCGUCUCACGACGAAGAAUCGUUUUAGCUUUCGUUAUGGCAAAAUCGAAAUACGCGCAAAAUUUCCCGAGGGUGACUGGCUUUAUCCAGAGCUUUGGCUAUUGCCGCGAAAUUCUAGGCGUGAUAACAGGUCCCCGAGUGUAAGAAUUACUUUAGGAUUUGCACGAGGUAACCAGCGCCUCGUAAAAAAUGACGAUUCGACCGAGGAUUACGGCGGCAAACGUUUAGAAUUUGGGAUCAGAACGGCCUCGGAGGGUGAAAUUCGCGAGGAAAAAGCCACAAAGAUGAAGAGCACUGGCAAGUGGACGGGAAAUUACCACGUGUACACGACGACGUGGUCUGCCGAUGGAUUUACAUUCCACGUGGAUGAUCAAGAAGUCGGCCGGCUGAAGCCAGGAUCCUCUGGCUGGCAGCAAAGCUUUGAUUCGAUCAGCGAAGCCAGCAGUUCCAAUAUGGCACCUUUCGACGAAGAGUUUUAUAUCAGUCUCGGGGUCGGUGUCGGUGGAGUUAGGCAAUUUCCUGAAAGAACAACCAGCGGACAAUAUGAUAAGCCUUGGAGAAAUGUUGGGGCUAAGGCGAUGCUCCAUUUUUGGCAGGCUAAGAAUCAAUGGUUCCCGAGCUGGAAUGACGAAUAUGGGAAAAAAACCGCACUUGAAAUCGAUUAUAUCCGGAUUUGGUCUUUAUAAUGUUCUGUAGUCCACUAUAAUCUUAUUCUGUAAGAUUUAGCGAUAAUAAAGCAAUUGGUUACUUAUAAAACUCACAAAUAUAACGAACUCCCUACGUGCAAAUAAAGAAAAAAGAUGUAAA